AUGAAAUGGGCUCCUCAACAGGAUAUUCUUGCGCACCCCAAGACUCUGGCAUUUUUUACACAUGGUGGAUUGAAGAGCAUCAAAGAAUCGAUUUGCGGGAAUAAUGUUCCGAUGUUGAUUUUGCCAUUUUUCGCGGAUCAAACUAGAAACGCGAAUUCAUUUGUGCUACGUGGAAUUGCUGAAUCGAUUCAUAAAUUAAGGAUUACAAGUGAAGAAAUAGUUGAGAAACUUCGAAAGUUAUUGGAUCACCCUGGUUACAGGAACUGCGCUAGAAAAUUAAAUGAGAAAUAUCAGGAUAAUCUGGUGGAUGCUUUAGAUCAUGGGGUUUUUCAAGUUGAAAAAGUUGGAAGAUUAAGUGAGAAGCAUUUUAUGAAAUUCAGAAGAGCUGGGAUUUUUUUGGAUCGCGCAACGUUUUUUCAUAUUGAUUUUAUGUUUGUUAUUGUUGGUUGUGUAUAUUUGACUUCUUAUUGAUUUUGGAAAAAAUUCUUUUUUCUUUUUUUUUCGAUAAUUGUGGACCUUUUAUUUUUAUUGGGCACAAACAAAAAUGAUAAGAUAAAGAAUAACAAUAUUUACCCACAAAGUUCAUUUUUCUAUUUUUUUUCUAGUUAAAAAUGAAAAGUUUAUUGAUAACUAGUUUAUUUUUAUUAGUGCUGGCAGAAAGUGCAAAUGUGAUAUUUUUUGAAUUUUUUGGAUCCAAAAGUCAUGCGUUGACGAUGCUUCCAUUAGCCGAGAGGUGAUUUUGAUUUUGAAUUUUUUUUUUUUGAAAUUCAAUUUUUCCCUCAGACUUGCGAAGGAUCAUAACGUGACGUUGUUCACAAUAACCAUCAGAUCUUUGGACAUCAAAUCGGAAAGAGUGACGAUUUUAGAGACUUUUAUUGAGCGUAAGGGGAACUCGGAGAUUCUUUUCUGAAAAUCAAUUUUUUUCAGCAGACGCCCGAACUUUGACAGAUGAAAUGAUUGGAAGAGUAUUCUGGUUUUCGGAAAUGAGACCAUGGAGAACUUCGUAUCUUUAUGAAGUUGGAUUGAAUUUCCUGGAAAAAUCUUUAGAAGAUGCAGUUUUGAAGGGAGUUCUUGCAACUCCUUUUGAUAUUGCGAUUGUUGAUGAGAGUUAUACGUCACUUCAGGGAACGAUAGCUUUGAAACUUCGGGAGAGGUUUGGGACGAAGAUUGUUGCGUUUGCGACGACAGGUAGGUUAGAGAUGCAGAGAAACUAGACAAUUAGAGAUAUCUAGAAAGUUAGAGACGCAGGGGAGAUACACUCGCUUCGCUCGAACCGCUUACGCGGAAUUUUCCGGGGCGCUUCGCGCAAGAUAGCUAGAGAGCAUAGGAUUUGAAGAGAGUGCAGAGAAGACAGAGAGCUAGAGAGUAUGAGAAAGAUAGAGGAAGCUAGAAAACUAGAGAUGGCGAGAAGGUUAGAGACGCAGAGAAACUAGACAGCUAAAGAUACCUAGAAGGUUAGAGACGUAGAGGGAGAUACACUCGCUCCGCUCGAGCCGCUUACGCGGAAUUUUCCGGAGCGCUUCGCGCAAGAUACCUAGAGAGAACAGGAUUUGGAGAGAGUGCAGAGAAGACAGACAAACUAGAGAGUAUGAGCAGGUUAGAGACGCACAGAAGCUAGACAGCUAGAGAUGAAGAGAAGGUUAGAGACGCAGAGAAACUAGACAGUUAGUGAUACCUAGAAGGUUAGAGACGUAGAGAAACUAGACAUUUAGAUUACCUAGAAGGUUAGAGACGUAGAGGAAGCUAGACAACUAGAGAUACCUAGAAGGUUGGAGACGUGGAGAAGCUAGAUGACGAGAAGGUUAGAGACGUAGAGGGAGAUACACUCGCUCCGCUCGAGCCGCUUACGCGGAAUUUUCCGGGGCGCUUCGCGCAAGAUAGCUAGAGAGCAUAGGAUUUGGAGAGAGUGCAGAGAAGACAGACAGCUAGAGGGUAUGAGAAAGAUUAGAGACGUAGAGGGAGAUACACUCGCGAUUUUUCAGAAGAUUGCUAGAGAACAUAGGAUUCGGAGAGAGUGCAGAGAAACUAGACAAUUAACAUAAAGUUAGAGACGUAGACAAGCUAGGCACUAUUAUGAAAAAAAUUCUUUUUGAGUUAGAUGUGCAGGUUCUACCGUACUAACGGCUAUUUGGGUAUUUUUUUCCAUAAAACUGUCUAGAAAAUUCUGGAAAACUGGAACGCGAUAUUUUUUUUUUGCCAACAAAAAAAAGUUCUUAGCAAGUUUAUCCACGCAACAAUUUUCUGGAGAAAAAAAUCAACAGAUAGAGAAUCCGAAACAGAAAAUAUGAAGUACGGUAGAGAACCUGCACAUCUAACUCGACAUUCGACAGAAAACCAAGAGUUAGAUACGCAGGUCUGUUUCUCAAAAUUUCGAAAAUGCAAAAACGCAGCGCAUGACCGCAACGCGUCCAACAACAUUUGUCUUGUUGCAGAAAUGAUGCCAGUCGCCUCAUCUCUCCGAUCUUUCAAUCGAAAUCCAAUCAUAAUGCCCAACACAUUUUUAUCCUGUAGCGAAGUCUACUCAAAACACGAAACCUUUCCGGAAAGAAUCAAAACAUUCAUCGAUUAUUCAGUGGAUAUUCUAUUCAGUGAAGUUAUCGCAAGUCGAAUCAGCAAGCGAGCUGGGAACCUUUUAGGUCUCCCGGAUUCCUCAAAAAUCCAAUUCUUCCAGAAAACCUUGAUUACUUUGAAUGAUUAUCCGGAACAAUUUAGCGUAACUUCUCCAAAAGCUCACGAUAUGUUUCAAAUUGGAUCGCAUUGCUCUUCAAAAACAUCGCAAAAUCUUCCUCAAGAAUUUCAAGAUUUCAUAGAAGAUCCCAAAUCCAGGGGAACUAUUUAUGUCGCAUUUGGGAGUUAUGCUAACUUAGACAGCGGACCUUCUGGAACUAUCGAAAAAUUCAAAGAUGCUCUAAAUCAAUUCAGAAAUUAUCGAGUUAUUUGGAGUUAUAAAGGGAAUAAUACGGAAAAUAUACUUGAGCAUGUGAAAAUUAUGAAAUGGGCUCCUCAACAGGAUAUUCUUGCGCACCCCAAGACUUUGGCAUUUUUUACCCAUGGUGGAUUAAAGAGCAUGAAAGAGGGAAUCUGUGGAAAAGUUCCGAUGUUAUUUUUACCAUUUUAUGGAGAUCAAACUAGAAACGCGAAUGCUUUUGUGCUACGUGGAAUUGCUGAAUCAAUUCAUAAAUUAAGGAUUACAAGUGAAGAAAUAGUUGAGAAACUUCGGAAAUUAUUGGAUCACCCUGGUUACAGGAACAGCGCUAGACGAUUAAAUGAGAAAUAUCUGGAUAAUCCAAUGAACCCGUUGGAUUUUGGAGCUUUCCAAGUUGAAAAAGUUGGAAGGCUUAGUGAAAAACAUUUCAUGAAAUUCAGGAGAGCCGGAAUUUUUCAAAAUCGAAUCUCAUUUUUGCACAUAGAUAUGAUUUUAUUGUUAAUUUUUGUGGUUUUUCUAGUUUCUUUCUGAUUGAAAAUAAAUUUUGAAUAUUUAUUCAUUUUCUUCGUUGUGCGUUAGAGCGCAUUUUGUUGUUUUAACUUGGCCAAAAUGCGCUGACCACCCACGAAGCUUUUGAAAUCUACGCAAAAGUGCGUCGCAGUGUUUGCACAUCCUUGGAGGCAUAUUUUCAAAAAAAAAAAUUUAUAUUCAAAAUUUUCUUUUUGCAAAAAAAAUCAAUACCAACUUUGCUUCGCCUUAUCGAUUACUAACUAUGCAAAUAAAUAAAUAUGAAAAAAAAAUAAUCGUGUUAUAUUUUUCUUAUUUUUUUUUUCGUAUUCAUAGAGAAUUUGUAGUCUUCCCUAUUUACCCAACCGAAACAUGUCGUUUUGCAAUAUUUACCUUUGCGCAACAGCCAAAAAAAAAGACUUUUUUGUAGUCAAAAAUAGUUAGUUCAAGUCACAAUGCCAGAUGAUAUUCCAAAAAUUCCGAGACAUCGAGGAAAGAAGAAUGAGCCGAAAAGUGAGUUGGAAUUUGUUUUUCAAAAAAAAAAGUAUAUAAAUUUUUUAGACACACCUUGGAAACAGCAAAACUUGCCGGCUCUUCGACCACAUUAUAGUAUAACUUCUGCAAUUCCGGUUACCGGGUUUUUUGGAUUAGCCACUUUGAUAAUGGGAAUUGCGUUGUAUUUUGGACAUCAGAGGUGUAAGUUUCAAUUUUCUGAUGUAAAACAUGAAAAUUUCAAAAAAAAAAAAAAGUUGCGCGUCGGGUAGAGGUCGAACCCGGGUGCUGCAAAACCAGCGCGCUCGGGAGGCACGCGUGCAUACCACUCGACCACACAGCUCUUUUUUUCUGCAGUCGAAAAUGUCGCAUAUAAAAUGCGUGUUUUCAGCCCUUGAGCAAGAAGUAAUUUACACAAAUUGUGCACAAAUCAAUGCCACCGCUUCCGAUCAAAACACAAUUUGUAGUUAUACAAUAACUCUCGAUGAAAAAUACGAGGGAGAUGUGAAAUUCUAUUACGGUUUGACGAAUUUCUAUCAAAACAAUCGGUUAUAUUUCAACUCUCGAAAUGAUCAACAAUUACGUGGUGAUGUGAGAGAAACCGAUGGUUGUGAUCCUUUGGAAUAUGUGCUGGUUAAUGAGACGAAAGUUCCGAUUGCACCGUGUGGAAUGGUGGCUGAUUCGAUGUUUAAUGGUGAGACAUUUUUUUUUAUAAUUGCAGAUCCUGAUUUUAGUUAUGACGUGGCAAACAUGGAUUAAAUGACGUUUUCAGGUUUUUUAAGCAAGUGAGUUGAAAUAUUGGGUUUUAAUGUUAUUCAUAUGAUAAAAUGGUCUAAGACGAACAGAAUGAUAUAAAUUUUGAUGACUUUACCUUAUCCAUAAGUGAUUUAGCGGAGCUUAGUUGAUAAGGUCGCUAAAUCACUUAUGGAUCACUUAUGGAUGAUGAUUAAGCGACUUAUCGACUAAAUAUCGUCUAAACCUCGCUAAAUCACUUAUGGAUAACGUAAAGUCAUCAAAAUUUAUAUCAUUCUGUUCGUCUUAGAUCAUUCUAUCAUAUGAAUAACAUUAGAACCCAAUAUUUCAACUCACUUGCUUAAAAACAUGAAAAUGUCAUGUAGUCGAUGUCAAACUAUACCAAGAGCUGAAAACUAGCUUCAAAAGUGAUUUUCAUGCAAAUCUGAUAGCAUAGGGUUGUUCAGGAGGCGAGAUAACAUGAACUUAUGUUAUCUAGCCUCCUUAACCACCCUAUACCAUCAGAUUUGCAUGAAAAUCACUUUUGAAGCUAGUUUUCGGCUGCUAAAUCCCUUUUUUAGAUACUUUCAACUUAUUUUAUAUAACUGACAAUAAAACAAUCACAAAAGUUGCUUGGACAACACGCGGUGUUCUUGGUGCAACAGAAAUGAAACGAAAAUUUCGAAACCCACCGCGAACUGGCAAUCAAACACUGUGCGAUGUCUUCAAUGUAGGUUCAGAUCUCUUUGCGAACAAAAAUCCAUCGCAUAUUCGCAGAAUACAAUGCCACCUCCAUCUUGGCGAGUUCCAAUUUGUCAAUUAGGUUUGAAUAGUUCGGAUGCGGAUGUUGGAUUGGGUUUUGAGAAUAUCGAUUUUAUGGUUUGGAUGAAGAUUGCAGCUUUGCCAAGAUUCCGUAAAUUAUAUCGAGUUUUGAAUCGGCAGGUUGAUAUGUUUAGUGAUGGAUUGCCAGCGGGGAAUUAUAAUCUUGUUAUUAAUUAUCGUAAGUUCUCUGAAAACAUUAGUUCGUUGGUCGCGUGCGGCUAUGCGUCGCGGUCGGGAAGAAAUCAAUUAUUGAUUGCUUCCCGACCGCGACGCAUAGCCGCACACGACUGAAAAAAGAAGAAAUCGAUUAUUGACCGCGACGCAAAGCCGCACGCGUCUGAAAAAGGAAGAAAUCAAUUACUGACCGCAACGCAAAGCCGCACGCGACUGAAAAAGGAAGAAAUCAAUCAUUGAUUGGUUCCUGACCGCGACGCAAAGCCGCACGCGAAUAUCAAGGGAAGAAAUCAAUUACUGACCGCGACGCAAAGCAGCACGCGACUGAAAAAGCAAGAAAUCAAUUAUUGACCGCGACGCAAAGCCGCACGCGACUGAAAAAGGAAGAAAUCAAUUACUGACCGCGACGCAAAGCCGCACGCGUCUGAAAAAGGAAGAAAUCAAUUACUGACCGCGACGCAAAGCCGCACGCGAAUAGCAAAGGAAAACAUCAAUUAUUGAUUGCUUCCCGACCGCGACGCAUAGCCGCACGCGACUGACGAACAAUCAUUCUUUCCAGAUUAUCCUGUCGACAGUUUCAAUGGCGACAAAUCAUUUGUGAUUGCUCGCGAAAACUGGGUGGGACCUCGAAAUCUGUUCCUUCCAGUUAUUUAUUUAGUCGUCGGCACAUUUCUACUUCUUGUCACAAUUUUGUUCAUUUUGAUAUGGUUAAAACAAAAGCUCUCGAGAGUUCAUCCAAAUUAA